AUGGUGGCCGAAAAAGAGCCGCUGAAGGGGAGAGGAGAGGCGGAAGGAGAGGCGGAGGGCGACGGAAAGGGACUCGCCAAGUCGUUGACCCUCUUCAACGGAGUCUCCAUCAUUGUCGGUUGCAUCAUCGGCUCCGGCAUCUUCGUUUCGCCGACCGGAGUGCAAGAACGUGAGUAUUGAAGGUGAUCGUGUGGCCAAAGUUUGAAAAACUAGGAAAUUUAGUUAGAACCAUUACAGACUAUCACUCUUUUUUUAUAAAACGAUUUCAUAGUGCCUUCUUGAAACACGAUUCAAGUAAAUACCAAAACAUUCGUUCAGAAGCCGGUUCGGUCGGGCUCUCGCUGCUCGUCUGGGCCAGUUCGGGCGUUUUCACCGCGAUCGGAGCCUACUGCUACGCGGAACUCGGUACUCUCAUCAAAAAGUCGGGCGGCGACUACGCGUACAUCAUGGAGGCGUUCGGUCCGUUCGUCGCGUUCAUCCGUCUCUGGAUCGAGGCGAUUGUCGUCCGUCCGUGCACAGUCACCAUCGUCGCGCUCACCUUCGCCAUUUACGGACUCCGUCCCUUCUUCCCCGAUUGUGCUCCGCCGGACGGCGUCGCCACCUUGUUGGCCAUUCUGUUGAUUGGUAAGUGUUCCGACAACUGUCACAGGGUAGCUUCUGGAUGGAGAUCAUUAUAAAUGCUGCUUUCAGUGCUCAUGACCGCCAUCAACUGUGUCUCGGUGCGUCUCGCCACUCUCGUCCAGGAUUGGUUCACCAUCGCCAAGGUCGUCGCACUGUUCCUCAUCAUUUUGACCGGAUUGUAUCUGCUUAUCUUCGGUCAGUCAUUCGAUUCAAGACUAUUCUCAAUAUGUUGAAGUUUAGGCGAAGCCCAGUACAAGGAUUCGUUCGAGAACAUCUUCGAAAACACUUCCCAGGAUUUCACAAAGGUCUCUCUAGCCUUCUACUCGGGACUGUUCGCCUAUUCCGGUUGGAACUUCCUCAACUUUAUUGUCGAAGAGUUGCAGAACCCGAAAAGGUAGGCAAGGCUUCGGUUUCAAGUCAUGAAAUUCCUAACCAAAUGCGGUUUUCUUUCCAGAAAUCUUCCUUUGGCGAUCGCCAUUUCGAUCACGACGUGCACAGUGAUCUACGUGCUCACGAACGUGGCCCUCUACACGGCAAUCUCGCCCGAUGAGAUGCUCGAAUCGCCCGCCGUCGCCGUCCUUUUCGCCAACAAACUCUACGGAAAGUUUGCGUUCGUGAUGCCGCUGUGCGUCGCGUGCUCGACCAUCGGAUCUGCGAACGGAGUCAUUUUCACCUCUUCCCGUCUCUUCUAUUCGGGUGCGCGUGAGGGUCAAAUGCCGAUGUUUCUGACUAUGAUCAACAAGAACACGAGGACGCCGAUUCCGGCUGUCAUCCUCACUGGACUCCUUUCGAUUGCCUAUCUGCUGGCGUCAAAGGAUGUCUAUCAGCUGAUCAAUUACAUCCAGGUUGGUCCAUUUCAUAAGCACCAACAACUGACUGAUCCGUUGCAGAUCUCCUACUGGCUGGCCAUCGGCACCGCCAUCGCCGCACUUUUCUGGCUCCGCAAGACGAUGCCCGAUGCGGACCGGCCGAUCAAAGUGCCGCUCAUCUGGCCGGCCAUCUUCCUCGCCGGAUGCAUUGCUCUUGUCGUCAUUCCGAUGAUCGCCGCGCCGAGGGAUACUGGUCAGUUUAAAAAAAAAACUAAAUUGAUAAGUCAAGUAGUAGAACAGCAAAACAGUGGAGAUGUAACAAGUGAGUGAAACUGAAAUUUGUGCCUUUUCACCACUUUGUUAUGGCGAACUGUGACUGUGAUUAAAGUCAACACACUCGAAAUGCAUCAAACUUGUGAACAUUUUCAGGAAUCGGCCUCCUGAUCAUGCUCUCCGCGGUCCCGGUCUACGUGAUCUUCAUCGGAUGGAAGAACAAGCCAAAGUUUUUCAAUACUUUGAUUGGUAGGCCUUAAUUUCCUUCAUUUCCCGAUCCUAAAAAGUGCACUUUUGCAGAAGGCUUCACAGUUUUCAUCCAAAAACUGUUCAUGGUCGUCGAUGACAGCAAAGAGGAGUAG